AUGCAAAUUUUUGUUAAAACUUUAACUGGUAAAACCAUUACUUUGGAAGUAGAAUCAUCAGAUACUAUUGAUAAUGUUAAAUCUAAAAUUCAGGAUAAAGAAGGUAUUCCACCAGAUCAACAAAGAUUGAUUUUUGCUGGUAAACAAUUAGAAGAUGGAAGAACAUUAUCUGAUUACAAUAUCCAAAAAGAAUCUACAUUACAUUUAGUUUUAAGAUUAAGAGGUGGUAUGCAAAUUUUUGUUAAAACUUUGACUGGUAAAACCAUCACUUUAGAAGUCGAAUCAUCAGAUACCAUCGAUAAUGUCAAAUCUAAAAUUCAAGAUAAAGAAGGUAUUCCACCAGAUCAACAAAGAUUAAUCUUUGCUGGUAAACAAUUAGAAGAUGGUAGAACAUUAUCUGAUUACAAUAUCCAAAAAGAAUCUACAUUACAUUUAGUUUUAAGAUUAAGAGGUGGUAUGCAAAUUUUUGUUAAAACUUUGACUGGUAAAACCAUCACUUUAGAAGUCGAAUCAUCAGAUACCAUCGAUAAUGUCAAAUCUAAAAUUCAAGAUAAAGAAGGUAUUCCACCAGAUCAACAAAGAUUAAUCUUUGCUGGUAAACAAUUAGAAGAUGGUAGAACAUUAUCUGAUUACAAUAUCCAAAAAGAAUCUACUUUACAUUUAGUUUUAAGAUUAAGAGGUGGUAUGCAAAUUUUUGUUAAAACUUUAACUGGUAAAACCAUCACUUUAGAAGUUGAAUCAUCAGAUACUAUCGAUAAUGUUAAAUCCAAAAUUCAAGACAAAGAAGGUAUCCCACCAGAUCAACAAAGAUUAAUCUUUGCUGGUAAACAAUUAGAAGAUGGUAGAACUUUAUCCGACUACAAUAUUCAAAAAGAAUCAACUUUACAUUUAGUCUUAAGAUUAAGAGGUGGUAUGCAAAUUUUUGUUAAAACUUUAACUGGUAAAACCAUUACUUUAGAAGUUGAAUCAUCAGAUACUAUUGAUAAUGUUAAAUCUAAAAUUCAAGACAAAGAAGGUAUCCCACCAGAUCAACAAAGAUUGAUUUUCGCUGGUAAACAAUUAGAAGAUGGAAGAACAUUAUCUGAUUACAAUAUUCAAAAAGAAUCUACUUUACAUUUAGUUUUAAGAUUGAGAGGUGGUAUGCAAAUUUUCGUUAAAACUUUAACUGGUAAAACCAUUACCUUAGAAGUUGAAUCAUCAGAUACCAUUGAUAAUGUUAAAUCUAAAAUUCAAGAUAAAGAAGGUAUCCCACCAGAUCAACAAAGAUUGAUUUUCGCUGGUAAACAAUUAGAAGAUGGUAGAACAUUAUCAGAUUAUAACAUUCAAAAAGAAUCAACCUUACAUUUAGUCUUGAGAUUAAGAGGUGGUCAAUAG